AUGACGUAUAUGUUCGCUGCCAGAUGUCGAGGAGAGCCCGUUAAAUCCAAUGCAGGUGUAAGUCAUUAUUUUUUGUAAAUUUCAAUGUCAGUUAAACGUUAUUUCAGAACUAUUGCGUUGCAAUUGGUCGUGACCUUAAAAGAGCAGGUUGCGUAAAAGAAGCAGCCAUCCCUACUGGGCUUGAAAUCGGUAAAUUAAAUUAGAUUAAAUUAUUUUAGAGCUACAUAUAAUUUUUUUACAGUAAAUAUGAAAUAAAGUAGCGUAACGUUAAAUUAGACUACUGUAACACGAGGUUGAAAUAGCUAGAGCUAACGAUGGCUAGAGCUUGGAAUAAGCAUAGUUCGUAUCUAUUGUAAUAUACGUAUUUAGGUUACGCGCCAACAACAACCGAUGAAACACAAUAUUCACAUUAUAUUAAAUUGUAAGUUGAAAAAAAAACAAUGGCAUACCUGAUUGUUUUAUACUUAAUAAUUUAUUGAAUUUUAUAUACAUCUGUUGACAAACAAAAGUUAGCAACUUCUUUAUUUAACAAAUUAAUCUUCUAGGGCCUUAUCCUUUUUUUGUCAACUGAUGUAUACUAAAAAGUCUUUAGCACUCAUAACUGUCACGAACACGGAGAUGGAGAAGUAAUUACUGGCAUUGCUUUUGCUGAUCACUACAACAUAAAACCAAUCAAUAUUCAUAUUUGUGGCGAUCAAGAAGUUGCUCCCUCUGUAGGCUACAACUUUGGAGCUAUUGAACUUAGUCAAUUGAAUCAUCGUAAACCGGCAUCAUAA